UGUCGCUGCGCGCAGGGGAGGAGGGCGCUGGCCGCCCCCCGGAAGCCGGCCGUGCCUGCCGCCUGGACGCCCUUCAUGGCGGCCGAGGAGAUGCGCUGGCCUGUCCCUAUGAAGGCCAUCGGUGCUCAGAACCUGCUGACCAUGCCUGGGGGGGUGGCCAAGGCUGGCUAUCUGCACAAGAAGGGCGGCACCCAGCUGCAGCUGCUCAAAUGGCCCCUGCGAUUCGUGAUCAUCCACAAGCGCUGCAUCUACUACUUCAAGAGCAGCACGUCCGCCUCCCCGCAGGGCGCCUUCUCCCUCAGUGGGUACAACCGGGUGAUGCGGGCGGUUGAGGAGACCACGUGCAACAACGUCUUCCCCUUCAAAAUCGUGCACAUCAGCAAGAAGCACCGCACAUGGUUCUUCUCCGCCUCCUCCGAGGACGAGCGCAAGAGCUGGAUGGGCUUGCUGCGCAGGGAGAUCAGCCACUUCCAUGAGAAGAAGGAGCUGCCCCUGGACACCAGUGACUCCAGCUCAGACACCGACAGCUUCUACGGUGCAGUGGAGCGGCCUAUAGACAUCAGCCUGUCCCCGUACCCCACGGACAACGAGGACUACGAGCACGAGGACGACGACGACUCGUACUUGGAGCCGGACUCCCCGGAGCCCCCGAGGCCUGAGGAUGCCCUGACCCACCCACCGGCCUACCCUCCCCCGCCGGUGCCCACACCCAGGAAGCCAGCCUUCUCCGACCUGCCCCGGGCCCACUCCUUCACCUCCAAGGGCCCAGGCCCCCUGCUGCCGCCCCCACCUCCCAGGCGAGGCCUCCCCGAGGCUGGCCCGGCCCCCGAGGACACGAGGAGGGACCCGCUGGGCCUGCGGCCCGCGCUCAGGGUGCCUCCUGCUCCCUCCCGGCGGAUGAGCGACCCCCCCGUGAGCGGCGCUCCCCUGGGGCCCGGCCCCCGCAAGCCCCCUUGCUUCCGCGACGGUGCCAGCCCCAGCCCGGAGCCCCAGACCCCUGGCCACGCGGCCGGCCCCGCCACCAGUGCCGCCACCGCCUGGAACUGUGACAAGCUCAAGUCUUUCCACCUGUCUCCCCGGGGGCCGCCGACCUCCGACCCCCCACCCGUGCCUGCGAGCAAGCCCAAGUUCCUGAAGAUGGUGGGAGAGCUCCCCCAGAGGGAAGCAGCCAAGCCUGGACUCUGGGUGCCCCCCGUGGCCCCUCGGCCCCCCGUGCUGAAGUUGCCCAAGCCCGAGGCCGCAGCUGGGCCUGCCGUGCUUCCCAGGCCCGAGAAGCCGCCGCUCCCCCACCUUCAGCGAUCACCCCCUGACGGGCAGAGUUUCAGGAGUUUCUCCUUUGAAAAACCCCGGCCACCCUCACAUGCGAACUCUGGUGAAGAGGACUCGGACGAGGACUAUGAGAAGGUGCCAUUGCCCAGCUCCGUGUUUGUCAACACUACAGAAUCCUGUGAAGUGGAAAGGUUGUUCAAAGCCACAAGUCCCCGGGGAGAGCCCCAGGAUGGGCUCUACUGCAUCCGCAACUCCUCCACAAAGUCUGGGAAGGUCCUGGUUGUGUGGGAUGAAUCUUCUAACAAAGUGAGGAACUACCGAAUCUUUGAGAAGGACUCCAGGUUCUACCUGGAGGGCGAGGUCCUGUUCACGAGCGUGGGCAGCAUGGUGGAGCACUACCACACGCACGUGCUGCCCAGCCACCAGAGCCUGCUGCUGCAGCACCCGUACGGCUACGCGGGGCCCAGGUGACGCCCGCCCCGCGCCGCCAGGAGCAGCAGCUGCGCCGUCGGCGCCCGGGCCGCACAGAGGAGCCCGGCCCGCGUGGGGAUCGGCAGGAGCCAGGCGCGUGCCGGGCGCCGGGCCUUCCCGGCCGACGGCGGUCUCCGCCCAGCGGGCCGGGGCUUCGGGCUGGACUCGGCCGUGGACUCCGUGGACUCGCGCCCCGCGCCCCGCCCUGGGCUCUCUCCUAGGACCCCGAGGCCCAGACUGAGCCGGGCUUGGGCUUUAGAGACACAGGUCUGCUCCCUACGACACACCUACUCUGCAGUGGACUGGGACCCGGCCAGACGGGCUGUUGGAUGGGGGCUGGGCUGGCCCCGGCCCUCAUGGGAAUGUUAAGACACAGGCUCCAGGAGGGGCUGUUGCCUCCCAAUAAAUCAGGGGACCUUUGCACAAUGGCCAGGUUUUGAUUAGCAAGGUAGGGGGCCGCUAGCUCUGCUCUGUGCCCACCAACGUCCAGAUGGGGAGCAGCUCACAGGAACCGGAAGCGGUAGCCUUUCCCUCCGCUAGGCCACAGGCCACCAAGCGACGUGCCCAGGGCUCGUCGCAGUGUCAACUCAGGGCCCAGCGGUGGCUGUCGUGAUUCCCAGCCCACAGUUCCAAAGCCCCAGCUCCCAAGUGGUUAUGGAGGAGCCGGCGCCCGCCGAGGCCGCGCUGUGAGCGGGUCCCUGGGCUGACUUCGCUCACAGUCCACUAGCGAGACACCCGCGUUGACACGCUGGCAGUGCAGCACCCCACGCAGUCGGGCCCUGGAGCUU